AUGUAGCUUAUUAGCGAUCGUGAAGAUCCAGAACAAUUAAUUACGUAGGGAGCCUGUUCUGUAGACAUUCCAACAUAAAGAAACAGACCUUCUUCAUAAUAUAUGCUUCAUGGUUCCUAGAACAGAAAAUUAAAAACUUAAGCUACUGUUUCUAUAUUUGGGUAUUAGAGUUGAUUAAUUGACAGGACUUUUAAUACAUAAGAAGAUAAAACAACAAUAACAAGAGACACUAGAAGUGUAUUUACUAGAAUAGUGAGAAAAUUGAUCAUCAUACAAUGUUUUUUUGAUUCAUUAGAAUAAUAUCGAAAGGAGAGAUUAUAAUAGAGAAUAGAGUUUUAUUUUUAAAAAAGAACUAAAAUGAUUCCAUUUUAUCCUGAUGAUUGUCUAAUUGUUUAUUGGAUGAAAGUCAUAACUCUACUGCAAUUUUGUUCAUGUAUAAUUUAUCCUAUGUUUAUAACAUUUGAUGAUUUAGAACACGAUUUAUAUUUUAUUGUGUUGAUUUUAGAUGUUCUUUUCUCAAUUGAUAUUUUAUUAACUUUUUUAACUGCUUAUAUAGAUGAAACAUCUUCUUUAAAAAUAUCUUUAGUUGAUAUAGCUAUGCAUUAUUUGAAAACAUGGUUUAUUUUUGAUUCAAUAUCAAUUUUUCCUUGGAUUUACAUAGGAUAAGAUAAUUUGAGAUUUUUUAGAUUGUGUAGAAUAUUAAAAUAUUUUAUUUAUAAGAGAAAGCAUAGUUACAAAGGAUAAGCAGAAUAGUAAAAAGUAAUACCUUCAUUUAUGCCAGAUAAUAAUAUGUAAUUAAAGGAAGGAAUUAAAUUUAUAAUUGAUGUUAUGGUAACAGCAUUUCUAUUAAUUCAUAUAUUUGCUUGUGGAUAUCAUUAUUUAUUAGGAAUAUAAUAUUUAGAUGCAUUUUAUUAAUCAACUUAAACUAUUACAACAAUUGGUUAUGGUGAUUAUGCUUAAUCUAUAAUGUAUGAAUAUUAAAUCUUAUGGUUAAUUAUUGGAGUUGGGUUUUAUACUUUUACAAUAGGUGAUUUUGCAUAUAUGAUGUAAAGAUCUGGAGUAAAUUAAGAUGAUGAAUAUUAUUUUGAAUUAGAGUAAUUGUGUUAUAUAUCUGAUUUUCCAGAAAAGAUAAAAAAUUAAUUUCAAAGAUUUAUUACAACAAAUUUAAACAAUAAUGCAUUCUGGUCUAGUUAUCAUAAGAAGAUGGUUCAUGAUUUACCUUACUAAAUAUAAAAUUAUCUAGUUUUAAGUGGGAUGCUUUAAAUUUGUGAAGCAGUACCUUUUUUCAUGUAAGAUAUUAAUUUUACAAUUGAAUUGUUAAAUGAUGUGCAAUUCUUGGUAAUUGAAGAGAAUGAUCUAAUAUAUAGAGAAGGAUAGAAUUCAAAUGAGAUAUAUUUCUUAUUGUAAGGUGAUGUAAGAAUAAUGACCAAAACUAAAUUCACUUUAUUAAAUAUUUUAGAGGGAACUAUGUUUGGAGAAUAUGAAGCAAUUGAAGAAACAUUAAGAACAACAUAUGCUAUAGCUUUAUAAAGAUCAUUGAUUUUAAAAGUGGAUUAUGCAAUAUUUGAGAAAUCAAUGAAGAUGAGUCCAAACUUAUAUUUUGAGGUUUAGUAAUUAUUCCAUAGAAGAAGAAAAUUAUUAAUAAAUAAUCUUAAAGUUUAGAAAUGUAUGUAUUUAUAAACCAUAUUAGUUAGCUUAAAGAAGUAAAGUACGUAGAUCGGUUUUAAUUUAAUUCAGUCAUGUAUAAUUACAAUAAACUAGAUAAGAUAUGAAAAAGUAAAGAGAAAUAAGAGAAAUUAAAAAUAUUAAUGAAUAUCAUCAAUUGGUUCUUCAAUAAUUGAUAGAUAAAAAGAGACAUAAAUAUGAUUAAUUACUAACAAGAUUUAAAUCUGUUGUGUUUAGAAUUAUUCAUUAUAAUCAAUAAUUAAUUCGAACACCUCCAGAAGAUUGGAAAGAUUUGGAUAAUUAUAAUUUAAUUAAGAGAGUAUUUCCAUUGCGUUGCUUAUCAGAUAAGUUUUAAGUGUUUUUUAGAAAAUCCUCAUCUGUUCACAGUCAAUCGGUUCAUCGUAGUUCUAUUCGUAGAAGAAUAGAUUAUAAUCAUUAAUACAAUAAAUUUAAUUGGAGACUAAGUGAUGUUUAAAUUAAAUAAAUUAUUUUAAUGCAUAAUAAAAGGUCAGUAAAAAUAUAUCCAACUUUAAAAAAUAUAGUGUAAAAUUAUUAAGGAGGUACAGUUGCAUCAUCUCCAUAAAGAAUUAAUAGAUUCUAUCCAAAAUGGAUUAAGGAUUUAGUACAAGAAGAUCAUACAAUUGAAGAGAUGGAAUAAUUUGUAUGGAAAUAUCAUCAAAUAAAUAAGAGAUUGGAUCGGAUUGAUAAGAUGUGGACUAAAGGUUUAAUUAUCAGAUUUGAUAAAUUUAAAUUGAAAAGUUAAAAAGACUUAGAUCAUCUUGACACUGAAUCUUCUGAUGAAAAAUGA